AUGGCUGAAGCUAAUCCAGAGCUCCAAGAGCGGCUGGAAGAGUUGGAUCGCGAGCUUGAGGAAGGAGAUAUUACACAGAAGGGCUAUCAGAAACGACGAACCCAGCUCUUUUCUCAAUUCCUCGGCGCACCUCCGCCUCAGAUUGCUGCUCUCGCCGAGCCGCAGUCUGGUCUUCGCAUACAUACCCCCGAUGACUCGGACCAUCCCUCAGGCGAUGGCCACCGCGCCGCUGCAUAUGCCGCUCUUGGUAGUGCCAGCGGCCCAAUCCCCGAUACACCGGAUGCACCCAUAUAUAGACCACAUUCUGGCUAUGCCCCGUCAGAGUCGCCAAGACCUCCUACAGAGCAGCCCCCGCCUCCGCCUUCGCUGUUGCGUCCAGGAGGACCCCUAGGUGGAGGAUCAACGGCUGCCCAUCGCGACUCGCUCUUCUUCUCUCCUUCACAUAUCGAACCUGAAACCCGGACGGGAACAAUGAUGUCCGGCGAUUAUGCUUUUAGACCUGAGCAACAAGGCACAUAUGUAGACUCACAGCAGCACCAACAACAACAGCAACCACAGUUUCAACAACAACCACCGCAACAGCAAUAUGAUGGAAGAACAACAACGCUACUUGAUUCGCAAGGAUAUUUUUCGGACUUUGCCGGACAGCAGCACUACGAUCAAGGUCAGACUGUAGAAUACGGAGGACCUCAGCAGCGAUACUCGUCAAGCGAUGCCUUUUCCCCAACCGCCGCAAUGGCACCGCCAAUGCUUACAACCAACGAUCUUCCACCCCCCGAAGCCCUCGAGUACCAGUUACCUCUAGACCCCCGCGAGGUUCCUUUCGCAAUUCAAGAUCCUCAUGACGACUCUACUCCCAUGUCAAAAUUCGAUAAUAUCGCAGCUGUGCUGAGACACCGAGGGAGAACGAUCGCUAAGAAACCAGCGUAUUGGGUACUGGACAGCAAGGGCAAGGAAAUUGCUUCCAUUACAUGGGACAAAUUGGCAUCGAGGGCCGAAAAGGUGGCACAAGUCAUCAGAGACAAGAGUUCCUUAUACAGGGGUGAUCGAGUUGCUCUCAUAUACCGCGAUUCAGAAGUCAUUGACUUUGCUAUUGCGCUACUAGGUUGCUUCAUUGCUGGAGUUGUGGCUGUACCUAUCAACGACUUGCAAGAUUACCAACGUCUAAACCACAUUCUCACCACAACGCAGGCCCAUCUUGCCCUGACCACCGACAAUAACCUCAAGGCUUUCCAGCGAGAUAUCACGACUCAAAAAUUGACAUGGCCCAAGGGUGUCGAAUGGUGGAAGACCAACGAGUUCGGUAGUUAUCAUCCCAAGAAAAAGGAAGAUGUCCCGCCCUUGGUUGUCCCUGAUCUGGCCUAUAUCGAGUUUUCACGAGCACCUACAGGAGAUUUGAGGGGUGUUGUUCUUAGUCACCGAACUAUCAUGCAUCAAAUGGCAUGUCUAAGUGCGAUUAUUUCUACGAUCCCGGGCAAUGGACCUGGUGACACAUUCAAUCCGUCUUUGCGGGAUAAGAACGGCCGACUGAUUGGUGGUGGCGCAAGCAGCGAGAUCUUGGUUUCAUACCUGGACCCUCGACAGGGUAUUGGCAUGAUUCUGAGCGUAUUGCUGACAGUUUAUGGCGGCCACACUACUGUCUGGUUUGACAAUAAGGCGGUUGAUGUUCCUGGACUCUACGCACACCUUCUUACCAAGUACAAAUCCACGAUUGUGAUCGCCGAUUAUCCUGGACUGAAGCGUGCGGCUUAUAAUUACCAACAAGAACCAAUGGUAACCAGAAAUUACAAGAAGGGGAUGGAACCGAACUUCCAGAUGAUCAAACUCUGCUUGAUCGAUACUUUGACUGUAGACAGCGGGUUCCACGAAGUCCUAGCAGACCGAUGGCUAAGGCCACUGAGAAACCCUCGCGCGCGUGAGGUCGUUGCGCCCAUGCUUUGUCUACCUGAGCACGGAGGCAUGGUCAUCAGUGUGCGUGAUUGGCUAGGAGGCGAAGAACGCAUGGGAUGUCCUUUAAGACUCGAUAUAGAUGAAGACACAGACACAGACGGAGAAAAGGAGGAAACAGAGAAGCCAACGAUCUCCAAUGGAUUUGGCAGUCUUUUGAGUGGUGGCGGCACUACAACUACAGAAGAAAGAGCAAAGAACGAGCUUGGUGAAGUUCUUCUGGACCGCGAGGCUCUCAAAACCAACGAAGUCGUGGUAGUUGCCAUUGGUAAUGACGCGCGUAAGAGGGUGACGGAUGAUCCGGGAUUGGUCCGGGUUGGCUCCUUUGGAUAUCCUAUACCGGAUGCUACACUCACUGUGGUUGAUCCUGAAACGGGCUUACUUGCCUCACCCCAUUCCGUGGGUGAGAUCUGGGUUGACUCACCAUCGCUGUCAGGUGGCUUCUGGGCGCAACCAAAGAACACCGAACUGAUCUUCCAUGCUCGUCCUUACAAGUUUGGUCCCGGUGAUCCUACACCACAGCCUGUAGAGCCCGAGUUUUUAAGAACAGGUCUCUUGGGUACUGUCAUCGAGGGUAAAAUCUUUGUCCUAGGCCUUUAUGAGGACCGCAUUCGACAAAAGGUUGAGUGGGUUGAGCAUGGACACGAGCUGGCCGAGUACCGCUAUUUCUUUGUUCAGCAUAUCGUCGUGAGCAUCGUCAAAAAUGUUCCAAAGAUCUAUGAUUGUUCAGCCUUUGAUGUCUUUGUCAACGAUGAACAUUUGCCAGUGGUCGUAUUGGAAUCAGCAGCCGCCUCCACAGCACCGCUGACAUCAGGAGGACCUCCACGACAACCGGAUACUGCUCUUUUGGAGUCACUAGCCGAACGUUGUGUGGAGGUUCUCAUGACAGAGCAUCACCUUCGAUUGUACUGCGUUAUGAUCACAGCACCGAACACACUGCCGCGCGUUGUCAAGAAUGGUCGACGCGAGAUUGGCAACAUGCUUUGUCGCCGAGAGUUUGAUCUCGGUAACCUUCCUUGCGUGCACGUCAAGUUUGGUGUCGAGCACGCGGUUCUGAAUCUGCCCAUUGGUGUCGAUCCCAUGGGCGGUAUUUGGUCGCCAUUGGCUUCGGAUUCACGAGCCGAGUUUUUGCUACCAGCAGACAAGCAAUAUUCUGGUGUUGACAGACGAGAGGUUGUCAUUGAUGACCGAACUUCGACUCCCCUUAACAACUUCUCCUGCAUCUCUGACCUCGUCCAAUGGCGUGUUGCUCGUCAGCCAGAGGAGCUAUCCUACUGCACAAUCGAUGGCAGAGGCCGAGAAGGCAAAGGCGUUACAUGGAAGAAGUUCGAUAUCAAGGUUGCUUCUGUUGCGAUGUAUCUGAAAAAUAAGGUCAAGGUUAGACCAGGAGACCACGUCAUUCUCAUGUACACUCACUCAGAGGAGUAUGUCUACGCUGUUCACGCCUGCAUUACCUUGGGUGCAAUUAUCAUCCCCAUCGCCCCUCUCGACCAAAACAGAUUGAACGAGGAUGUUCCAGCGUUCCUUCACAUUGUUGCCGACUACAACGUCAAGGCUGUGCUCGUCAACUCCGAAGUGGACCAUUUGAUCAAGGUCAAGCCUGUGGCUAGUCAUAUCAAGCAAUCGGCUCAAGUCUUAAAGAUCACCAGCCCUGCAAUCUUCAACACAACUAAGCCGCCAAAGCAGAGUAGUGGAUUGCGAGAUUUGAGAUUCACCAUUGACCCUGCGUGGAUCCGACCUGGUUAUCCAGUUAUCGUUUGGACAUAUUGGACUCCCGACCAAAGGCGUAUCUCAGUCCAGCUUGGACACGACACCAUCAUGGGGAUGUGUAAGGUUCAGAAAGAAACAUGCCAAAUGACAAGUUCAAGACCAGUGCUUGGUUGUGUAAGGAGCACAACCGGCCUGGGAUUCAUCCACACAGCUCUUAUGGGUAUCUAUAUUGGAACACCCACGUACCUUCUCUCUCCCGUCGAGUUUGCGGCAAACCCUAUGUCUCUAUUUGUUACAUUGUCACGAUACAAGAUUAAGGAUACUUAUGCGACACCGCAAAUGCUUGACCAUGCCAUGGCUUCCAUGGCCGCUAAGGGUUUCACACUUCAUGAACUUAAGAACAUGAUGAUUACUGCUGAGGGUCGGCCAAGAGUUGAUGUGUUCCAAAAGGUCAGACUCCACUUUGCCGGAGCCGGUCUGGAUAGAACUGCCAUUAACACAGUAUAUUCGCAUGUCCUCAACCCCAUGGUUGCUUCGCGAUCUUACAUGUGCAUUGAGCCUAUCGAGCUCUGGCUUGACACUCAGGCUCUCCGUCGCGGCUUGGUUAUUCCUGUGGACCCCGAGUCAGAUCCUCUGGCUUUGUUGGUGCAGGAUAGCGGUAUGGUUCCUGUUUCAACACAAAUUGCCAUCAUCAACCCCGAGAGCAGAGUACACUGUCUUGAUGGUGAAUAUGGUGAAAUUUGGGUCGACUCAGAAGCCUGUGUCAAAUCAUUUUAUGGUUCCAAGGAUGCUUUCGAUGCCGAGCGCUUUGAUGGCCGAGCCCUUGAUGGAGACCCAAACAUCCAAUAUGUCCGUACAGGAGAUUUGGGUUUCCUUCAUAAUGUGAGCCGACCCAUUGGCCCUAACGGCGCUCAGGUGGAUAUGCAGGUGCUCUUCGUUCUUGGAAAUAUUGGCGAGACUUUCGAGAUCAACGGUUUGAGCCACUUCCCAAUGGAUAUUGAGAAUUCUGUGGAGCGAUGCCAUAGGAACAUUGUGCCGAACGGCUGUGCCGUAUUCCAGGCUGGCGGCUUGGUAGUCGUACUUGUUGAAGUUAGCCGGAAGCCUUACUUGGCAUCGAUUGUACCUGUCAUUGUGAACGCCAUUCUCAACGAGCAUCAAAUCAUUGUCGACAUUGUUGCCUUUGUGAGCAAGGGAGACUUCCCACGAUCUCGUCUGGGCGAGAAACAACGUGGCAAGAUUCUAGGUGGCUGGGUCAGCAGAAAGCUGCGGACUCUCGCACAGUUCUCCAUCCGUGAUAUGGAUGCUGACUCUACAGCGGGCGAUAUGAUGGACCCGUCCCGAGUGUCUAUGGUAAGCGUACGAAGCGGAGGCGGCGCUGCUCCUGGAUCUUCUAGCCUGAGAAAUGUCGAGCCAGCACCACAAAUUUUGGAAGAGGAAUAUGAUCAGACAACGCCUCGUCACGAAUAUGAGCCUACCCAGACCAUGCUCUCCGAGCUCCCCGAUCAGGAGACGCCAACAGGAUUCCAGCACUCGCAAUUUGAACACCCACCCCAAUCCGCAGGCUCUCAACCUCCAUCGCAACUGAAUCUUAAUUACCAACCGGAUCAAGGGUUUGACAUCCCUGACUUCUCACGGUACGGCGCUGCGGAGUCCGACCAGGGCCAAGUCCAUAGACGUCCAGUCCCCGGUCACUCACAACAACCCUCAGAGCAGAUCCCAGGGAACGGUCAAGCGCCUCCCCAGAUCCGUCUACCAGGUGUUGAUGGACGAGAACAGGUGAACUUCUGGCAGCAGCAGCCGAACAAGGAUGAGAAGAGCGGAGAAGACUGGACAACAGACGCUAUGAUGCAUAUGAAUCUGGCAGGCGAUAUGAAACCUCAAUGA